AUGGACUCCCUAAAAGACACUACAGAGAGGCUACGGUAUGAUAAUACAACAACAAAAGUAGAAAUGACUUGAUCUAAAGUGCAGAAGUAUGAAGAAGAAUAUUGUUAUAAUGGGAAUAAAGGAGGAUGAAAACAAAAACUAUCAGUCAACGGAGGAAAAAGUCAAGGUGUUCAUGAAACGUAAUCUCAAAAUGACGGACGAACAGGUGGAUACAAUUGAUUUUCAAAGGGCUCACCGUUUCGGUGGCAGAGGGGAGGGAAGGCCCGUCCGAUGGUCGCUAUGCUAACUCACUACAAAAUGAAAAUUGCCUUGUUACAACAGGGUAGGGAACUGAAGAACACCCCAUUCUCUAUUAAUGAACAAUUUCCCCAUGAAGUAGUGGAGACGACGUGCCCUGUACCCCACUUUCAAAAGGCUCCGAGCAGAGAAGCAGAAUGUUCGUCUAGUGGUCGAUAAAUUGUAUGUAAACAACCAAAUGUUCAAGGACUGGAAGAUUACAACGUGGCUGUGAGUGGUUGCUACCUCUGCUGAAGUAGUGCUGAUACAGAUUUGCACCGCAUUAAACAGUACAAUUAUGGAUUAAUUUGUUUUUUACAAAACAUUUUUUUGCAUGAUGGACUCUUUUUUGUUAUUUAAAAAAAAAAAAUAAUAAUAAUAUUCAUGCAGUAUGGAACCGUGGACGAAGUGGACUUAAAAUGUUGGACUUAUGUUGAUGCAAAAUGUUUUUUUUUUAUUUAGGCAAUAUGGAACUUUGUACUAUAUGGACUUAAAAUCAGGUUUUGAUUUAGGGGAAAGGAGAAGAUUGGUAAGGUUGACCUUUUUUAUUUUUUAUUGUUUAUUUAUUUCAUUUGAAUAUUGCACAGUAGUACAUUAGAAAUACCAAGUUUUAAUUUUAAUUGUUUAUAUGAUAUGGCCUAAUUGUACAGGUCGGGUAUAUUACAGUGGCUUGCGAAAGUAUUCACCCCCUUGGCAUUCUUCCUAUUUUGUUGCCUUACAACCUGGAAUUAAAUUUGAUUUUUGGGGGGUUUGUAUCAUUUGAUUUACACAACACUUUGAAGAUGCAAAAUAUUUUUUCUUGUGAAACAAACAAGAAAUAACACACAAAAACAGAAAACUUGAGCGUGCAUAACUAUUCACCCUCCCAAAGUCAAUACUUUGUAGAGCCACCUUUUGUAGCAAUUACAGCUGCAAGUCUCUUGGGCUAUGUCUCUAUAAGCUUGGCACAUCUAUCAACAUAGAAAUGCUACCAAAAAUAAUUUAGAAACUUGUUACAAAUGAUGGAGUCAUCCAUGAUUCAUCAAAUUAUAUUUUGAAAGAGAAAGGAAAAUAUUUUAAUAAUAAUAUGCCAUUUAGCAGACGCUUUUAUCCAAAGCGACUUACAGUCAUGCGUGCAUACAUUUUUUUGUGUAUGGGUGGUCCCGGGGAUCGAACCCACUACCUUGGCGUUACAAGCGCCGUGCUCUACCAGCUGAGCUACAGAGGACCACAUUUUAAGCAUAUGUUUUCUUUUCAGUCUCCUCCAUUUCCACUGAAUGAUGUUAACUGUAAGGAUUUCUUUCCUAAUAGUAAUAACAAUAAUAAUAAUGCAAAAUUAACACAUUUACAGAAAGACCUGUGUGAAGGCCAACUUAUAGAAGAUCAACUUUUUGAGGCAAUUCAAUAUUUUCAGUCUGAAAAAACACCAGGGCUUGAUGGUAUACCAGUAGAGGUAUAUCACACCUUUUUUGAUGUACUCAAAGAUCCAUUAUUAGCAUGUUUUAAUUACUCCUAUAAAAAUGAUAGACUUUCAGGUACUCAACAAGAAGAUCUGAUUUCAUUACUACUAAAACAGGACCCAGGUGGUAAGUAUAAAGAUCUAGUCCAUUUAAAAAAAACUGAAGGCCUGGAGGCCUCUUACACUUCAAUGUUGAUAUGCAAAAAUCCUGGCGAAAUGCAUAGCACAUAGAAUAAAAAAGGUUUUACCAGAUAUUGUUCUUCCUGAUCAGACAGGUUUUUUACAUGGACGAUAUAUUGGAGAUAAUAUGUGACAAUUACUUGAAACAAUUGAACAUUAUGAAACAUCAAAGAUACCAGGCCUGGUCUUCAUAGCAGAUUUUGAAAAGGCGUUUGAUAAAGUACGACUAGAAUUUAUAUAGAAAUGCCUGGAUUACUUCGGUGAAUCUCUUAUACAAUGGGUUAGUUAUGUACAGCAACCCCAGAUGUAAAAUAGUAAAUAAUGGUUAAUUAUCAGAAAGUAUUGAGUUUUUAAGAGGAGUAAAACAAGGUUGUACACUAUCGGCAUAUCUAUUUAUUAUGGCCAUCGAAAUGUUAGCUAUUAAAAUCAGAUCCAACAAUAAUAUCAAGGGAUUAGAAAUCCAGGGCUUAAAAACAAAGGUGUCAUUGUACGCUGAUGAUACAUGUUUCCUUUUAAAUCCACAACUUGAAUCCCUCCACAGUCUCAUAGAUACAUUUUCUAACCUCUCUGGAUUACAACUAAAUUAUGAUAAAUGUACCAUAUUACGUAUUGGAUCACUAAAAAAUUAAAAUUUUACAUUGCCAUGUAAUUUACCAAUAAAAUGGUCUGAUGGUGAUGUGGAUAUACUCAGAAUACAUAUCUCAAAUGAAAUAAAUGAUCUCACUCCAAUACAUUUUAAUAGAAAGUUAGCAAAAAUACAUAAGAUCUUGCUACCAUGUAAAGGUAAAUACCUGUCAAUUUGUGGAAAAAUCACCCUGAUUAACUCUUUAGUAUUAUCCCAGUUUACCUAUUUGCUUAUGGUCUUGCCUACGCCUAGCAAACAGUUCUUUAAAUUAAUGAGACAAAAAUAUUCCAUUUUAUUUGGAACGGCAAGCCAGACAAAAUUAAACGGGCCUAUUUAUAAAAUGAAUAUGAAUUCGGAGGUCAUAAAUUAUUAAAUAUUCAAGCAUUAGACCUAUCACUAAAAGCUUCAGUCAUACAAAAGUUAUACUUAAAUCUGAACUGGUUCUCUAGCAAAUUAGUAAGAUUGUCUCACCCAAUGUUCAAGAAUGGCCUUUUUCCCUUUAUUCAGAUUACAACCUUUCACUUUCAGUUAUUUGAAAAGGAAAUAAUCUCCCAAAUAUCACUAGUUCUAAAACAAGCCAUAGAAAGUUGGUUGCAAUUUCAAUGUAAUCCUCCAGAAACUACAGAACAAAUAAUGCAACAAAUAUUGUGGUUAAACUCAAAUAUACUAAUUGAUUAAAAAAACAUUAUUUUUUGAAAAAAAAAAAAAAAAACAGGUAUAGUCUUCGUAAAUGAUAUCAUAGGUAGGACUGGUGGAGGUAUGUCGCACAUGCAGCUAACAAAAAGAUAUGGAAAUGUCUGCUCUACCCAAAAUUACAACCAAAUAAUUGCAGCAUUACCGCAAAAAUGGAAGAGGAGAGUGGAUCUAGAGAUGGCGCCGGAGAAGAUGGCUGCCGUUUUACAGCCCUCUAACCAAUUGUACUAUUAUGUGUGUUUUUUCACGUUAUUUCUAAUUUAUUCUGUACAUAAUGUUUCUGCCAUCGUCUCUUAUAACCAAAAAGAGCUUCUGGAUAUCAGGACAGCAUGUCACGCCCUGACUCAGGGGACUCGUAUAUGUUGAGUCAGGGUGUGUAUAUUCUUGGUUGUGUAUAUUCUAUGUGGUGUAUCUAGUAUGUGUAUUUCUAUGUUGGCCGGUGUGGUUCCCAAUCAGAGGCAGCUGUCGCUCGUUGUCUCUGAUUGGGGAUCAUACUUAGGCAGCCUAUUGGCACCAGUGGGUUGUGGGAUCUUGUUCCGUGUAAGGUAUGUUUUGUGUUCUACCUUGGACUUCACGUUUCGUUUAGAUUUGUUGUUUUGUCGUGUUGUUUAUUAAGUUAAAAUAAACAUGUAAGCAUAUCACGCUGCGCCUUGGUCUGACCCGUCUAUGAACGAACGUGACAGAAGAUCCCACCAAACGAGGACCAAGCAGCGUGCCCAGGCGGAGAGAGUAGCCAUGUCACAGGUGGGCAAUUGGUGGUCAUGGGAGGAGAUAUUUUUGGGAAAAUGACCCUGGGCGAAGAAGGAAGCCCAGGCAGGAGAGGAGCAACGGCAACACGGAAGCCGGCCGAGGAGGAGGCCCGAGAAGCAGCCCCAAUAAAAAAAAUUUGGGGGGCUGAAGGGGUGGUCGGGGAGCGAGAGAGAAGAGCCCCGACCACUGCACCCGGUUGGUUUUCAGAUUGGGUCCCUACGACCAUGGGAAGAGGAGUGGGAACAGUAUUAUACUGAGGAGUCGGAGGAUGACGACGACGACAAGUUUCUGUUCCCUAACUCGUGGGGGCUCCCGGAGGAGUCCUCACGGGAAGAGGAGUGCCGACGACAGAGACCCGAGAGGCAACCCCAAGAAAAAAAAAUUGGGGGGCACACGGGGUGGAUGACGAGGCAGCAGGAGGCCGUGGAAGGGCGAAUCUGCAGGUUAGGAGAGGAGGCCACCAUGUUACGGGGGCUAUUGGUUCAGAGGGAGCAGGAGUUGUUCGGUCAGAGGGAGGCGCUACAGGAGGCUAAAAGGGAGAAGGAAAGUGUAGAGGCACGGCGAGAGGAGCUGGUUAGGCAGCAGAAGGAGCGGGGGUUAAUAAAGGAACCCAGUCCCGCUCCUCGCACCAAGCAAGUGGUGCGUGUCGCCAGUCCGGUCCGGCCCGUUCCUGCUCCCUGCACUAAGCCAGUGGUGCGUGUUCCCAGUACGGCUCGACCCGUUCCUGCUCCUCGCACCAAGCCAGUGGUGCGAGUCGGCAGCCCGGUCCGGCCUGUUCCUGCCCCUCGCACCAAGACAGUGGUGCGCGUCGCCAGCCCGGUCCGGCCUGUUCCUGCUCCUCGCACCAAGCCAGUGGUGCAUGUUCCUAGUCCGGUUCGGCCCGUUCCUGCUCCUCGCACCAAGCCAGUGGUGUGCGUCGCCAGCCCAGCCCGGCCUGUUCCUGCUCCUCGCUCCAAACCAGUGGUGCGUGUUCCCAGCCCGGCCUGUUCCUGCUCCUCGCACCAAGCCAGUGGUGCAUGUUCCUAGUCCGGUUCGGCCCGUGCCUGCUCCUCGCACCAGACCAGUGGUGAGUGUGUCCAGUCCGGCACGGCCCGUGCCCGUUCCACCGGUGCCUGGUCCGGCACCAGUCAGCAGCUCCAGUCCGGAGCCAGAGCAGUCCGCUCCACCGGUGCCUGAUCCAGCUCCGGUCAGCGGCUCUACUCCGGAGCCAGAGCAGUUCGCUCCACCGGUGCCCAGUCCAGCUCCGGUCAGCGGCUCCAGUCCGGAGUCUGAGCAGCCCACUCCACCGUCGUCUGGUCUAGUUCCAGUCAGCGGCUCCAGUCCAGACCCAGACGUCAGCCCCUCUCCAGGUUCGGGGUCUCCCACACCAGGGUCCAGACAGGGCCUGGAGUAUCGUGGGAGGAAGGAGAGGGGAAGCAGCGCGCCGAGGUCCAGACCAGACCAGGGGCGCAACAGGGAGGCGGAGAGUAAGAGGUCGUCACGCCCGGAGCCGGAUCCGCCUCCGAGGCGGAAUGCCCACCCGGCCCCUACCCUGUUAGGUGAAGGUUGUGCGGUCGGAGUCCGCACCUUUGGGGGGGGGGGGGGGGGGGGGGGGGGUACUGUCACACCCUGACUCAGGGGACUCGUAUAUGUUGAGUCAGGGUGUGUAUAUUCUUGGUUGUGUAUAUAUUAUAUGUGGUGUAUCUAGUAUGUGUAUUUCUAUGUUGGCUGGUGUGGUUCCUAAUCAGAGGCAGCUAUCGCUCGUUGCCUCUGAUUGGGGAUCAUACUUAGGCAGCCUAUUGGCACUAGGUAGUUGUGGGAUCUUGUUCCGUGUAAGGUUUGUUGUGUGUUCAACCUUUGGACUUCGUUUGAUGUUUUGUCGUGUGUUUAUAAGUUAAAUAAACAUGUACGCAUAUCACGCUGCGCCUUGGUCUGACCCGUCCUUGAAAGAAUGUGACACAGCGAUCACUCACCUCGUAUUGGACGAAGAUUGUUUCUUCAACGAGUCGGACGCAAAGGAUAUCCUACAGAGACCUGACAAGGCCCAAAUACCCGUCAUUCGCAGGAGAAAGAGACAGAGAUAUCGUGGACGUAGGUCGGGGUGCCUCGUAAGGAUCUGACGGCGAGCGAGUAAACUGCCUCUUCCAUCAAUCCUAUAAGCCAAUCUUCAAUCAUUGGAAAAUAAAUUAGAUGACCUAAGAUUACGCUUAUCCUACCAACGGGACAUUAAAAACUGUAAUAUCUUAUGUUUCACCGAGUCGUGGCUGAACGACGACAUGGACAACAUACAGCUAGCGGGCUACACGCUACAUCGGCAGGAUAGAACGGCUGACUCUGGUAAGACAAGGGUUGGCGGUCUGUGUAUAUUUGUAAACAACAGCUGGUGCAUAAAAUCAAAUACUAAGGAAGUCUUGAGGUUUUGCUCGCCUGAGGUAGAGUAUCUUAUGAUAAGAUGUAGACCACACUAUUUACCAAGAGAGUUUUCAUCUAUAUUUUUCAUAGCUGUCUAUUUACCACCACAAACCAAUGCUGGCAUUAAGAUUGCACUCAAUGAGCUGUAUAAGGCCAUAACUAAACAGGAAAACGCUCAUCCAGAGGCAGCGCUCCUAGUGGCCGGGGACUUUAAUGCAGGGAAACUUAAAUCCAUUCUACCUCAUUUCUACCAGCAUGUUAAAUGUGCAACCAGAGGGGGAAAAAAAACUCUAGACCACCUUUACUCCACACACAGAGACGCAUACAAAGCUCUCCCUCGCCCUCCAUUUGGCAAAUCUGACAAUAACUCUAUCCUCCUGAUUCCUGCUUAUAAGCAAAAACUAAAGCAGGAAGCACCAGUGACUCAGUUAAUAAAAAAGUGGUCAGAUGACGCAGAUGCUAAGCUACAGGACUGUUUUGCUAGCACAGACUGGAACAUGUUCCGGGAUUCUUCGGAGAGCAUUGAGGAGUACACCACAUCAGUCACUGGCUUCAUCAAUAAGUGCAUCGAUGACGUCGUCCCCACAGUGACCGUACGUACAUACCCCAACCAGAAGCCAUGGAUUACAGGCAACAUCCGCACUGAGCUAAGGGGUAGAGUUGCCGCUUUCAAGGAGCGGGACUCUAACCCGGACGCUUAUAAGAAAUCCCGCUAUGCCCUCCGACAAACCAUCAAACAGGCAAAGAGUCAAUACAGGACUAAGAUUGAAUCGUACUACACCGGCUCUGACGCUCGUCGGAUGUAGCAGGGCUUGAAAACUAUUACAGACUACAAAGGGAAGCACAGCCGCGAGCUGCCCAGUGACACAAGCCUACCAGACGAGCUAAACCACUUCUAUGCUCGCUUCGAGGCAAGCAACACUGAAGCAUGCAUGAGAGCACCAGCUGUUCCAGAUGACUAUGUGAUCCCACUCUCCGUAGCCGAUGUGAGUAAGACUUUUAAGCAGGUCAACAUUCACAAGGCCGCAGGGUCAGACGGAUUAUCAGGAUGUGUACUCCGAGCAUGUGCUGACCAACUGGCAAGUGUCUUCACCGACAAUUUCAACAUGUCCCUGACUGAGUCUGUAAUACCAACAUGUUUCAAGCAGACCACCAUAGUCCCCGUGCCCAAGGACACUAAGAUAACCUGCCUAAAUGACUACAGACCUGUAGCACUGACGUCUGUAGCCAUGAAGUGCUUUGAAAGGCUGGUCAUGGCUCACAUCAACACCAUUAUCCCAGAAACCCUAGACCCACUCCAAUUUGCAUACCGCCCCAACAGAUCCACAGAUGAUGCAAUCUCUAUUGCACUCCACACUGCCCUUCCCCACCUGGGCAAGAGGAACACCUAAGUGAGAAUGCUAUUAAUUGACUACAGCUCAGCGUUCAACACCAUAGUGCCCUCAAAGCUUAUCACUAAGCUAAGGAUCCUGGGACUAAACACUUCCCUCUGCAACUGGAUCCUGGACUUCCUGACGGGCCGCCCCCAUGUGGUAAGGGUUGGUAACAACACAUCUGCCACGCUGCUCCUCAACACGGGGGCCCCUCAGGGGUGCGUGCUCAGUCCCCUCCUGUACUCCCUGUUCACCCAUGACUGCAUGGCCAGGCACAACUCCAACACCAUCAUUAAGUUUGCCGAUGACACAACAGUGGUAGGCCUGAUCACCGACAACGAUGAGACAGCCUAUAGGGAGGAGGUCAGAGACCUGGCCAUGUGGUGCCAGGAUAACAACCUCUCCCUCAACGUGACCAAGACAAAGGAGAUGAUUGUGGACUACAGGAAAAAAAAGAGGACUGAGCACGCCCCCCUUCUCAUCGACGGGGCUGUAGUGGAACAGGUUGAGAGAUUCAAGUUCCUUGGUGUCCACAUCACCAACGAACUUUCAUGGUCCAAACACACCAAGACAGUCGUGAAGAGGGCACGACAAAGCCUAUUCCCCCUCAGGAAACUGAAAAGAUUUGGCAUGGGUCCUCAGAUCCUCAAAAAGUUCUACAGCUGCACCAUUGAGAGCAUCCUGACUGGUUGCAUCACUGCCUUGUAUGGCAACUGCUCGGCCUCCGACCGCAAGGCACUACAGAGGGUAGUGCGUACGGCCCAGUACAUCACUGGGGCCAAGCGUCCUGCCAUCCAGGACCUCUAUACCAGGCAGUGUCAGAGGAAGGCCCACAAAAUUGUCAAAGAUUCCAGCCACCCUAGUCAUAGACUGUUCUCUCUGCUACCGCACGGCAAGCGUCUAGGUCCAAAAGGCUUCUCAACAGCUCCUACCCCCAAGCCAUAAGACUCCUGACCAGCUAAUCAUGGCUACCCGGACUAUUUGCACUGCCACCCUACCCCCACCCCAUCUUUUUACGCUGCUGCUACUCUGUUAAUUAUUUAUGCAUAGUCACUUUAGCUCUACCCACAUGUACAUAUUAUCUCAACUACCUCAACUAGCCGGUGCCCCCGCACAUUGACUCUGCACCGGACCCCCCUGUAUAUAGCCUCCCUACUGUUAUUUUAUUUUACUUCUGCUCUUUUUUUCUGAACACUUUUUUGUUGUUGUUGUUUUUAUUAAGAAAUAAAUGCAUUGUUGGUUAAGGGCUGUAAGUAAGCAUUUCACGGUAAUGUCUACACCUGUUGUAUUCGGCGCAUGUGGCAAAUAACAUUAUAUUUGAUUUUAUUUGAAGGGGGAAAAAGUAAGGAGCUUGUCUGUCGGCCCUGCAUUAAAGAACAUAUUUGGUUAAAGAAAAUUGUGAUAAAUAAAAAAGUAUACCAGUUUCAUUUAAGGACCAAAGGAUUGACAGCCGUCCCAUAUAGAUUGCAAAAUAGUUGGGAAGAGAUUUUUGACGUACCGAUUCCAUGGCAGAGUGUUUAUGAACUGAUACGCAAAACAACGCCGGAUUCAAAAAUUAUAGUUUUUCAAUUUAAAUUCUUAUACAGAAUUCUUGCUACCAAUAGAAUGCUAUUUAUAUGGGGGGUACAAUCUUCUACUGACCCUAGUGGUGGCGCUUGGCUUCAGAAAACAAAUUCAGCGCACACAACAUUCAAAAAUAUAAUUUUGUUAUUUGAUGUGUCAAAUUAAAAGCUUAUUUGACAAGUCAAAUUGUGUUAUUUGAUGUGUCAAAUAGUGUUCUCUUUUUUGACACGCAAAGAACCAAAUGGCCAUCCAUACACUCCCAGACAGUCUUUUAUUAUUGCUUGAGAAUUAUUGCUUGAGAAUUUAUCUUUGCUAAGAAGCUAUUUUUGUUUCUUUUUGACAAUUUUUUUGAAAACAAUCACAGUAAGCUACUUAAUUUUCACAUUGAAAUUAUUUGAUAUUGAGAUAAAGCCGGCUGCUGUGAUGGGUGAGUAGAAGGAGUCAGGCGCAGGAGGGUAAAUCACAGAAUAACAGUAUUUAUUCCGGAAAACAGAGUUACGCAGUAAAGCGUCAAAAGACUCCAGUGCGCACUGGAACAAACAAAGCACACGGGAAAAUAACCCGGCGAUACAAAAUACAAGGAGCUCCACUGAGCUUACUAUCCUCACAAUAAACAAUCACACACAAAGACAAGGGGGCAGAGGGAACGCUUAUACAGGUACUGAUGAGGGGAUAUGAACCAGGUGUGUGUAAUGAACAAGACAAAACCAAUGGAAUGAUGAAAUGAGGUGCGGCAGUGGCUAGAAGGCCGGUGACGACGAACGCCGAAGCCUGCCGGAACAAGGAGAGGUGGCAGCUUCGGAGGGAGUUGUGACAGCUGCAUUGGACCUUUAACGACAGCUUGGCAUUUGACUUGGAAAUCAGACACGGAUUGUGUGUGAGUGUUAGAGAAACGUCCUACUUUUUCUUUCUCUUUGUUUUUAGAGUCAUAGUGGAAGGAAUAUCCCAUUUCCUUUCUGGGGAGUUUGAUGCAGAAAACUUACCUCUGUUAACUGAAGUGGUACUCCUAAAACUGAUGCAGAAACGUUAUGUCUGUUAACUGAAGUGGUACUCCUAAAACUUCCCCAGCCCUCUCAGGACUAAGGUCUUAUUUAAAAUACUUCAGAAAUCCUUCCUUCCUUCCUUUAAGUAAUAUGGUGGUAACCUCACUUAUACCCAUCCAAUCACUUAUCUCUAUGCUUACCUUAAGAAAGGAAGGAAGGAUGUGUAUUGGAGCAGGGCGCAUGUCCUAGUCCUGGCUGAGUGGUGGGGCCAACCGCAUGAGGUCAUGGCUUAAACAUCUCCAGUGUAGCUAAAUGUUCCCGAGAAAGAGAAUUUAUUUUAAUCUUAUUAAAAUCAUUUAACUAGUAUGCUCGAAGAAGAAACAUCUUGUUAAUGUGUAUAUAGUACUACAGUACAGAAUGUAGUGGUAACACAACCAGAACAGAUGCUUGCAGUUGCACUGAGUUGUGAAUAUCCCAGUGAGGUUCUGUCUUUGUCAUGGCAACGGUGGACAAUGGAAAAACAGCAUGUUUAAUUAGUUAAAGACAAUGGAAAAGUGGUGGACACUCUGUUGAGGGAACCAGAUGUAGGCUUGGUAUUUUUCUAACAAUUGGCGAAUAAAUAGGCAUUUGGCAAAAAUAUUUAUCUCCGAUUUGGAGAAUGCACAAAACGAGUAGUCAUGCAUAUGAAAACAAGUAGAAGGUGAGGAGGUGUUGCUGUCAUAAACAGUGCAAACAUAAACCAUGACUAGGCUUUACCUGCUUUAGUGAAGUCUAUGAACCAUGACUAGGCUUUACCUGCUUUAGUGAAGUCUAUGAACCAUGACUAGGCUUUACCUGCUUUAGUGAAGUCUAUGAACCACCUUGGCCUAUGAUUCCGAAUACCAUUCCAUCACUUCCACACACACACACCACACAUCGACGCACACAAACUGACACACACAAACUGACACACACACAGACACACACGUGGCACACACACACAUGUGACACACACACACAUUCUCCCAUGUUAUAGGGGACCUAAUAUGUGUGACCCCAGCUGUAUGAACUCUCUAUGACCCUGUGUCACCUCCAGCUGUCGUCUCCAUUUCCUGGCAGUGGUGUGAACUGUUAUUUACUGUUAAUGAACUCUAUAUUAACUCCGUAUGAACCCUCUAUGAGCUCUACUUGUCCUUUGUGUUCCCUAACAGUGGCAUGUCUCUGUAUGAACUAUUAUGAACUGUUAUGACCUGUUAUUAACUCUCUAUGAACCCUGAAUGUCAGGACCCCUUUAUGAACCCUCAGUAACCUCCAGCUGUCCACUCUGUCUUCCCUGACAGUGACGUAUCCCUAACGGCGGUGUCGUCCCUCCCCACGGCAGGGCUGGAGUCUCUCAGGGAGCUAAUGGCCCGCAGCGCCUGGAACCUAAAGAAGCUGCCGCCAAUCAAAACCUUCAAACACUUGACCACCGCUGACCUCACUUACCCCUCUCACUGCUGCGGCUUCAAGAACCUCAAGAAGAAACGAGGGUGAGUUAGCAUAGAGAUUAAAUUAAAUUACUAUUAAAUUAAAUUUUUGAGGCUAUUUAUGCAGAAAAUGUGUAUAAAACCUGUAUAAACUAUAACAAUUUUCUGUAUAAAUAGUCUCUAAAAUAUAUUAUAUGAAUUAUAAAUAUAUUAUAUUUUAGUCCAAAAUAUAUUAUAUUUAUAAUCCAUAUAAUAUAUUUUAGAGGCUAUUCAUACAGAACAUUUGUAUAAAACCUUUAUAAACUACAUAGUUUAUAUAUAUAUAUUAUGUAAACAGACCAGAAAUGUCUACAUUUUAGUUUCUUGGAAAGUGCUAUUUAAGUAAUAAUGCCAGAAAGCCGGUGUUUGGAGGAUAUAUUGGCACGGGUGCUGUUAGACGAAGUCAAGUAAAUAGACAUUUUAACAUCAUAGAUUUAGCCGGUGGUAACCUAUGGAAUAGACACCGGCUGGAAUGCGGUUUUAACCAAUCAGCAUUCAGGAUUAGACCCACCCAUUGUAUAAUAUAUGAUACAAGAUCAGUACUUGUUGCAUUUACAACUUGUCCUAUCAUCAACUGGUUUCAGCCAGUGUAUGACUGUGGAUCGACUGCAUUGUUUGUAUGGAAUGUUGGCAUAUUGGCAGUAAAUUUGAAAAUGUACGGAAUCAUUGCACUAAAACUGUCUAGCUAGCUAAUACAAAUACUGUGCAGAUCAUCUUCAAAUUCAUUGUUUUAUACAAAAUCUUAUCACAGCACUGGCUGACAAACUCCCUUACCAAAUUGGCUAACCGUUAUACCGUCAUAAAAAGGCUCAUGUCCAUUCUAGUAUUCUAAUUCUAUGUGAGUUAAAUCAUAUGGGAGAUGUGAAAGGCCUUAGCCUGGUCCCAGACCUGUUUGUGCUUUCUUGCCAACUCCUAUGGUCAUUGUCAAUCCAAACAUAGCAACGACCGUAAGAGUUGACCGUACAGCACAAACAGGUCUGGGAUCAGGCUAGAAAGGCUUGCAACUUGUGUUUGUUGAUGUUGUUGUUGAGUUGCUGUUUGUGUGCUUGACACAUGGUAAUUUGUUAGUCUGUCUAGGAGUUUGUAAAUAAAUAACACUUGGCUCCUUUAAACUGUAGACCCAAUACCAGGUAAACUGGACUUUGAUGGUUUGGGAAAUGAAAAGCAAAUGAUUGAGUGAAGUAGGCCUACCAACCCUGGUAUUGUACUGUACUGUACUGUGGUAGUGUGUAUUGCUCUGUAUUGCGUACAGUUACAGUAUGAUUAAUGGUUGUUGAAUAGCACAGCUGUACUUCUUCAGUGUGGAUGUUGGCGUGAAAUCAACUCUGACGCAUUUACCUAUAAUUUUUAUAUUAUGCAGCUUUAAUUACUGUCAGUCAACACUGUUAUUGUAGGAAGACCAACAUCUGAAUCAGAUUUUCUUCUUUAACUGGGUAUGUAAAUAAUAAUAUUAAUAAUAAUAAUAAUAAUAAUAAUAAUAAUACAUAAUAAUAUGAUAGUGGGACCCAGGAGUGUAUGAAGAGGUAUUUUGAAGUCAAGGCUUCAAGCUGAAUUAUUUUGGAUGUAUUGGUUUGCAUUCACCAUUUCAUGUAGCACCUUACAAUGUCCGUCACAUACUCAUUUUACAUUUUAGUCAUUUAGCAGACGCUCUUAUCCAGAGUGACUUACAGUUAGUGACUGCAUACAUUAUUUUAUUUUUUUCAUACUGAUUCUUUCACUUAAAAUAAUUAUUGCUCACAAAAACACAUUCAUCUAUCAAUCAAAUUUGAUCUCAAUCAAACUGUAUUAAUAAAGCCCUUCGUCAAAGUCACACGUGUCACAAGUCACAAAAGGCUUUUCAGUAACCCGGCCUAGACCUGAAAGCACAAUCAGAAGUAGAAAGAGAAACUCCCUUAGACAGUUUGUGUCUCUUUUGAUAUUGCAGAUACCUGGAGUACAUCAUCUGCAACCUGACAGCGUUCUACGACCAGCACCAGAAGAGGUCCAUGGGUCUUCUCACAGUCCCAUCCCUCCAGGGAGACCCCACUGCAGACACAGCCGACCAGGAGCCCAGCGAGGGGGGCUUCAGAGAUGGUGUGUUGAAAGAUACCCAGGGAGACCCCACUGCAGACACAGCCGACCAGGAGCCCAGAGAGGGAGGCUUCAGAGAUGGUGUGUUGAAAGAUACCCAGGGAGACCCCACUGCAGACACAGCCGACCAGGAGCCCAGCGAGGGGGGCUUCAAAGAUGGUGUGUUGAAAGAUACCCAGGGAGACCCCCGGAGAGACUUCCACAGCAGCCUCCAGUACCAUGCUUACUUUGGGGGGCAGCCGGACGAUGACGUGGGCUUCGGGGAGACGCUGAAGGUAAGAGAGGGUCACCGGUUUGAAUCCCAGCACUGACUGGGGAAAAUCUGUUGGGGAGUGGGCCAGAAACCAGAGGGUUGCUAGUAUUGAUAUCAUUGGUAUCUUUAAUAAUUAAAAGUUACAUAUCACAAAAUGUUGAUCUGAAAUCAGAGCAACCUUGAGGGAAUCUUAUUUGAGUCAGAGAAGGAUAUUCAUAUGAUAGGGAAGAUAUACAAAACCUUGCAGAGAGCAUAUCCAACUGACAAUCUCUUAGAAAAAAAUAUAAACUAUUGGAACCAAGACUUAAAAAUAACUUAUGUUGGCACAAGACGGACAGAAAGUUGGAGCAUAUCUAAUGAUAUUACAGAAUGAAAAUGUACUCUUAACCUAGUAUAAAUGAAUGUAUUAUACAAGAGACAAAAUUCAGAAAUGUCUUAAAUGUAAAACUAGUAAUGACUCAAUGAUCCAUGCUUUCUGGGAAUGCUAUAAGGUCUGGAAGUUAUGGGCGGAGCUAGGAAGUUGGCUGUCAGAAGUAUUACAAUGUAAACGUACUUUUAAUCCGUCUGUCUGCAUAUUUCGAGACAUAGCAUAUGGGAGUGUAGUGAGAUACCCAAUGGGCUGGAUGAUCCUCUUUUUAUCACUCACCUUGAAAAUACGUAUACUAAAAACUUGGAAAGCAAUCAAUCUGCCAUCCAUUAACACAAUGAAAAACAAAUUGAUACAAUUUAAGUGGCAAACAACAAUGCAGGCACUAGGGACGGGGGUGUGAUCAUGGAGGUACUAGGGACGGGGGUGUGAGCAUGGAGGCACUAGGGACGGGGGUGUGAGCAUGGAGGUACUAGGGACGGGGGUGUGAGCAUGGAGGUACUAGGGACGGGGGUGUGAGCAUGGAGGUACUAGGGACGGGGGUGUGAGCAUGGAGGUACUAGGGACGGGGGUGUGAGCAUGGAGGUACUAGGGACGGGGGUGUGAGCAUGGAGGUACUAGGGACGGGGGUGUGAGCAUGGAGGUACUAGGGAUGGGGGUGUGAGCAUGGAGGUACUAGGGACGGGGGUGUGAGCAUGGAGGUACUAGGGACAGGGGUGUGAGCAUGGAGGCACUAGGGACGGGGGUGUGAGCAUGGAGGUACUAGGGACGGGGGUGUGAGCAUGGAGGUACUGGGGACGGGGGUGUGAGCAUGGAGGUACUAGGGACGGGGGUGUGAGCAUGGAGGUACUAGGGACGGGGGUGUGAGCAUGGAGGUACUAGGGACGGGGGUGUGAGCAUGGAGGUACUAGGGACGGGGGUGUGAGCAUGGAGGUACUAGGGACAGGGGUGUGAGCAUGGAGGUACUAGGGACAGGGGUGUGAGCAUGCGGGUCUGGGAAGAUGAGAUGUAGUUAUUGUGUGUAUCUGUAAGUUGUUGUUCAUAUGUAUAACUUUGUAUGUGGAGUGGAAAGGAAUGAAAAAUUAAAUCUAUAUCUUUUUUAAGUAUCCUUGAUACCAUGUCCUGCCAUUGUGCACUUGAGCAAGGCAAUUGACAAUACAGUAUGUCUUGUCUUAUCUCAUCUCACAGAACCCGCAGGAGGGCACCAGCCAGGACUUUGACAGUCGCUACGACUACGUGGUCUGUGAGGAGGGCGAGGAGGUGACCUGCGCCCCUGCACCUGACGAGUUCAACCCGUGCGAGGACAUCAUGGGCUUCAGCUUCCUGCGUGUGUCUGUGUGGUUUGUGUCUCUGCUGGCUGUAGUAGGUAACAUGGUGGUGCUACUGGUCCUCCUCACCUCCCACUACAAGCUCUCCGUCUCACGCUUCCUCAUGUGUCACCUGGCCUUCGCUGACCUCUGCAUGGGGAUAUAUCUCCUCCUCAUCGCCUCUGUGGACCUUCACACCCGGGCAGAGUACUACAACCAUGCCAUCGACUGGCAGACGGGACCGGGCUGCAGGUUGGCGGGGUUCUUCACGGUGUUCGCCAGCGAGCUGUCGGUGUAUACGCUGACGGUGAUUACGCUAGAGAGGUGGUACGCGAUAACGUUCGCCAUGAGGCUGGACAGGAAGUUGCGUCUGCCCCACGCUACUGCUGUGAUGCUGGCUGGAUGGUUGUUCUGCCUCCUCCUAGCGGUGCUCCCCCUAGUGGGGGUUAGCAGCUACCAGAAGGUCAGUAUUGAUUAAUUGAUUGGUUGAUUCAAGGAUCCAUUGAUUUUGUUCUUUAUUUUCUUUCUUUAUGUAUGUAUUGAUUGAUUGAUGUAUUGAUUGAUGAUUUAUUUUAUCUUUAUCUAUCAGGUCAGUAUCUGCCUGCCCAUGGACACCCAGUCCACCGUGGCCCAGGUCUACAUCGUCUCAGUCCUGAUCCUAAACAUCCUGGCAUUCCUGGUGAUCUGUGCCUGUUACAUCAAGAUCUACGGUGCUGUGCACAACCCUUACUACCGCUCCGGGUCUAAAGACACCAACAUCGCCAAACGCAUGGCCGUCCUCAUCUUCACUGACUUCCUGUGUAUGGCGCCCAUCUCGUUUUACGCCAUGUCGGCCGUUGUGGACCGGCCGCUUAUCACCGUGUCCAACUCUAAGAUCCUACUGGUGCUCUUCUACCCUCUCAACUCCUGUGCCAACCCCUUCCUGUACGCCAUCUUUACCAAGGCUUUCAGGGGGGACGUCUUUAUCCUGCUCAGUAAGAUGGGGCUGUGCCAGCAUCGGGCGCAGCUCUUCAGAGGGCAAGCAGUCAGGUCGAAGGGUAGCAAUGGGGUGUGCCACCAGGGCCGGAGGGGUAAAAAGAGAGACACUGACAGGAAAGGAACAGGAGGACCAGAGGAGGUGCCAAUUCACCUGCAGGAGUGUUCUGGGUCUGGUCACACCUACCUCCAGCUGGCCUCACAACAGCCCAGACCUGAGGAAAGCCGUAGCCUGGAAACGUGA